CUGCCAGUGUCACACCCGUCGUCUUCUUUCCUCCACCAGCCUUGCUUGCUCACCCCGGCCUCCCUCCCCGCCACACGCCUCCGACGAGGCGACGACGCGGCCACGCCACCACCACCUCCACCACCAGUCCACCACCCCCUCUCCCCGCUCCCGCUCCCGCUCCAGCGCCUCCCCGCCCGCUCUCCAACGCGUCCCCCUCCCUCCGCGACGUUGGGUUUCCAGGCUGAGGGCUGCAUCCGCGUUGCUCUGGGCCGAUGAGGGGGCCGGGCUUUGUGGCGUUAUCGUUGGCCGUUCUGCUGUGCCUGGUUAACGGUGCCUACUCUGGCCGCACGAGCUCCUAUGUGCGCGCGGAGUUCCCAUCUACCGAUAUGCCUCUGGAUAGCGAGUGGUUUGCGGCUCCCAAGGGAUACAAUGCGCCACAGCAGGUUCAUAUCACACAGGGUGACUAUGAUGGAAAGGCUGUUAUAAUAUCGUGGGUCACCCCAUCGGAACCUGCGCCGAGCCAAGUGUUUUACGGUAAAGAAGAGAACCGCUAUGAUCAGAAAGCUGAAGGGACAAUGACAAAUUAUACAUUUUACGACUAUAAAUCUGGAUACAUACACCAUUGCCUAGUUGAUGGCCUUGAGUACAACACUAAAUAUCAUUACAAGAUAGGUACUGGAGAUUCAGCUCGAGAAUUUUUGUUUCAAACACCUCCAGCAAUUGACGCAGAUGCAUCAUACACAUUUGGCAUCAUAGGUGAUCUGGGGCAAACAUUUAAUUCUCUAUCAACUCUUCAACAUUAUUUGAAAAGCGGAGGAGAAAGUGUUCUGUUUGUUGGGGAUUUGUCAUAUGCUGAUAGAUAUCAACAUAAUGAUGGUAUUCGUUGGGAUUCUUGGGGUCGAUUUGUUGAACGUAGCACUGCAUAUCAACCAUGGAUCUGGAAUUCUGGAAAUCAUGAAAUAGAAUACAGGCCUGAUCUGGGAGAAACUUCUACAUUUAAGCCAUAUCUGCAUAGAUAUUCAACACCAUAUUUGGCAUCAAAGAGCAGUUCCCCAAUGUGGUAUGCAGUCAGGCGUGCAUCUGCUCAUAUUAUCGUGCUCUCGAGUUAUUCUCCUUUCGUAAAAUACACUCCCCAAUGGAUGUGGCUGAGGGGUGAACUCAAGCGUGUGGACAGGGAGAAGACACCUUGGCUCAUUGUUCUCAUGCAUUCUCCCAUGUACAACAGCAAUGAUGCACAUUAUAUGGAGGGCGAGAGCAUGAGGGCUGCCUUUGAGCAAUGGUUUGUCAAGUACAAGGUGGACUUGGUGUUCGCAGGUCAUGUCCAUGCCUAUGAGAGAUCGUAUCGUAUAUCCAACGUCAACUACAACAUAACAUCGGGGAACCGGUACCCGGUGCCAGACAAAUCCGCUCCCGUGUACAUCACGGUCGGUGAUGGAGGCAACCAGGAAGGGCUCGCCUCGAGGUUCAGCGACCCGCAGCCGGACUACUCCGCGUUCAGGGAGGCGAGCUACGGCCACUCGACCCUGCAGCUGGUGAACCGGACGCACGCCGUGUACCAGUGGAACCGGAACGACGACGGGAAGCACGUGCCCACGGACAACGUGGUGUUCCACAACCAGUACUGGGCGAGCAACACGCGGCGCAGGCGGCUGAAGAAGAAGCACCUCCGGUACGAGAGCCUCGAGGACCUCAUGUCCAUGCUCUAGGAGCCUCCAGCUGUUGUUACUACGUGAUACUGCAGAAGAAGAAGGCUUUCAGUUUCAGAGGCCCCGGCGGAGUAGCGGCUCUGCUGCUUCGCUUCGCGGCCUCGGUCGGCCGGCGGAUCGACCUCAUGCCACGGAGACGGAGGCACACGUAGUAGAAGCCUGGGCAUUUCAUUCUUGCAGACUGUGUAUCAGUAUUACUUUACAAUGAACACGAUCUGUCAUUUACUAUAAAGGAGAACACGAUACGAGAGGCCGUUAGAAUUCCAGCCAGCUGCACUGCUUAAGUUAAGUGGAUACAUUCGAAUAA